AUGGACAGUCCAGGUUCCCAAGAACAUGUUGGUCACCUUUCCAGCGGCCUAUGUGCCCUGGAAGGACUUUGUAGCUCAAAAGGCUGCCGUCAUGGGAUACGAGGUCAAUGUAUGUCUCUCACAUCAUCCGACACCGUCGAGAAUAUACUAACCGAACAACAGGUCGCUGGCAACAUUGUGAAUGGCGUCUCGAUCGCAGCCCAGAUCAUUGUUCAGGAGUUCGCCAUGGAGAUCAACCAGGGCUACAUUGAGGAGAUCAACUUUGACGGCACCAUGAAGAUUCUGAACGGCCCCAUCAUUCGAAUCAACGACCCCAAUGCCGUCUUCUCGGCCGGCUAUUCCUCCCCCUUUAUGGUGGCCGAUGACAAGAGCCCUAGCGUUAGCUCAUUCUCUGGCUUCCCCAUGUGUGUCCCUCGGUCGUCCAACGACACACUUUGCCCAUCCUCGCAGCGGCCUGUUGUUACUGGCACCCCACGCAGAAUCUUUCAAGCCCCCGACCCGUUGGUCAUGGCUCCUUUCCUUCCUGGAGACUUUAUCAUGUACAGAGGCUUCCGCAACGCGCAUAACCAGCUCAUCUGCUUCGACAUUGUCGCCUGGAACGUUCAGAUCACCACGACAGGCAGCCCAGCUUACAUCAGAGUGGAAGAGACACUGGUUGGCGUGUACACUCCCAACACCAACGCCGAGGUGGCUGAAACACGGUUCAUCGGUUACACGAGUGAUCCCAGCGUCACCGUCUCCAUCAGCGCCAUUGAUAUCGAUCCCUGCACCGGCCAUGAAACCUACAGAUCUAUCGGUGUUGGACAGGCCCGUCCCGAAGAGGGUGGACGCAACAAGUGGAUCGCGCGCAUCGACGGGACCACCCCUUCCAUCUACACGCGUGAGUACCGCAUGGUUGCCUCUAGCGGGACUGUGGUCACCAGGAACGGAAUUGUAGCGGGCGAGUAUGUCGCUCCCAUUCUCGAGUGGAUUCAACCCGAGCUCCUCGUUCCCGGCAUCGAGCCCAUCAUCAACGAGUAUGCCGCCAUGUCCCAUCUGACUCGUGGUGUCGGUCCCGACGAGGAUGGCAACAUCUUUGGUCCCCUCGACCCCUUCCCCCAGUCCGGCGUCACCGUCUUCAACAUUUCGACUUGCGCCGGGCCGGUCACCCCUGGAGAACCGGGCGAGGGGGAGCCGCAGACAGCCAACCCCCGUAUCGAUGCCACGAUCCCCAUCUCUACCACCGGAAGCCAAGUUGCCACCGUUCCUCACACCAAGCGUCUCUACGUCCGUCACGAUGACACCUUUACCCUUCGCGGCUUCCAGGACAACAACAACAUGGGCAGCAACGACACCCUGACCUGGAGCUGGUCCGUGUUGACCGAUCAGUCUGCUGGAACCCAGUCCAACCUUGCCACUUUCACUCCUUCGUCUGACUCCAAGUUCAUCUCGGUUCGCUUUGCCAACUCUGCACCCACCGGGGAGUACGUGUUCCAGCUCGCCAUUUCGUCGGCAAACCACAACACCACGGGUAACUUCACCUACACCGUUUCGCUGUUCUCUGGGCCGGAUAUCGUGUCGGUUGAUGCCGUCACCUGGACGAGCGGCCAGAGUGGCACCAUCGGUGUCACUUGCAGCAGUUUGUAUCUGGUCGACUGGAAGGUCAACAUGCAGGUAACUUAUCCCGGUGAUAGGGGUACCACAACCAGCGCUAUGGCGGCAACUCCUCCCGGCAGUGGGUUGUGGUCCUUCUCCUCGAGACGGGUUGACCGGCCUGGCACUAUUACAUGCAGGAGUGCACUCAACGGACAGGCAACGCGAUCUGGGACCACGGCGAAGCGCGCGGUGCAGCUCAAGGCCUGA